AUGAAUGUAGAUGGUUCGGAGGACGAUGAAAAUGGUUCCGAAGGUGAUCAAUGUGACGAAGGCGGUUCAGAAAGUGAUGAAGGUGAUUCCAGAGGUGAUCAAGAUGACGGAGACGAUUCGGGAGGUGACGAAGGUGACUCUGAAGGUGAUGGAGACGGUUCGGAAAGCGAUGAAGGUGAUACCGAAGAUGAUAAGAACGGUU